UUCAUGUUACUUCUGUAGCAGGACGACCACUUUGUAAUCUUUUGUACAGCAUUGUCAUUUGGAUACCAAAUCCUGUACUUCCUCUCUAAAAGUGAAGUCCAUACGUACUCAAACCGUCUAGCCUUGUUUAGAAAGUGCAUAUAUAGCACUACUUGUGCUUCAUAGGAUCAUCAGGACUCGAAAGAUUACUUGUUUUAGGGAUUUAAGGGACUGUCAGGACAAAUGCUUCGAAGCACCAAGGCAGUCUUCUUGGGAUCUGGUUGUAUCCAUAGUGAUUUUGAUACAAACAUAUCUCUAUGCCAUCUAUUAGGUAGCAUGCACUCCAGAUUAGCACCAAUUUGAAAUUGCCGAUAUCAACAGUUUUGCACCAUGGAGAAGUCUGACCUGGACCUGAUUGGCAUUUCAGGAUUGCCCACUGAAGAGUUCAUCCAACAAAGAUGAAUGCAGAUGAUAAAAACAUAGAACCUGUGACUGAUCAGUGCUUUGAGAGAAGAGUGAAGAAUGAUUCAGGUGCAGGUGCAAAUGCAGGUUCAAGUGUAGACAAGACAUUUGCGGCCACCAAUGCCCUGUCUGAACUAGUUUGGUCUCCACAGAAAGGUUUGUGUCUUAAAUGCGCUGAUGGAAGCUUCUCCUACAAAAAUCCCUCUCUGUUAUGGGGUGCAGGCCCAAGUAAUAUGGUAAGUGGAUCAAGUACUGACAAACCUAUCAGUAAAGAAUAUUUCUGGACACCUCUUGGUGCAUCUGAUGUGAACAGUGAAGUUGCUGGAAGAGACAAUUCCACUAAAUUUGUUACCAGUGAUACAAGCAUGUUUCCGUUAAGUGAAUCUAGACAUGAAAUCAAAAUAGCUGGACCGAACCUGGAUGUGGCAAAGAAUGAUCCGACUUCCGAGGAACCUAUUGUCAGAAUUAGAGAUGUUGGUGACGGGAUUCACACAUUACAGACAGAAAAUGUUUCGACCUCACAAGUUUGCUCAGUGAAAGAAUGUGAAUCUUAUGACAUUAAAAUGCAAGCACCAUCCUCAGGAAGAGAAAAUUUUGAAUCACCUUCAUGCAUGGAAAAGGAGAGAGAAAAUAAGGUGGAGACUGGUCCCUACAUCUGUCCUCUGGAAAAACUGGAGUCAACUGCAGAGAAUGAUAUAAAAACUCCACAUGGUGAAAAUGUCUGUGAUGUGGCAACUAAGAUUGUAGGAUCAGCAUCUGCCCAAGAAGUCCAAAAUAGCUCUCAGCAGGGUGAUGAGAUACUUUCUAGGGACAAUAAUCGUGGGAUUAAACAGUCUCCCACAAACAGCAGAACCCAGAGGUAUCAGAUGAAAGGCAAGGCCAAGUUUCCCACAAACAGCAGAACCCAAGGGUAUCAGAUGACAGGCAGGGAUAAGGCUUUAUCUUAUGGAGAUCUAGAUGAAAGAGUGCAUAUGGAGGAUGACAGUCAUGAAAGUGUUGAAAGUUGCAACAGUGCUGGGUUAUUUUCAUCUGGCAAAAAGCGAUGGAACCUUGAUCCACAGUUGUGUGCUGGGAGCAAAAGUGUCAAAACAAAAAUUCAUGAAAGUCCCGGCUCCUCUUCAUUUGUUAAACAAGAUAGUUCAUUCAUGAAUUGGAUCUCAAACAUGAUGAAGGGGUUCGGAAAAUCAAAAGAAGAUAAGGCACCUUCCCUUGCAAUUACCCUUGCUAAUCAUAAUCAUGGACAUGAGAAUCCUGACAAGAAUCUUGUUUCAUGUAAUAGAAACCAGGAUAAAGGGUGCAAAACUACGGGAUUUCAUUCUAUUUUUCAGUCAUUGUAUUGUCCAAAGACAAAGACUCAAGAAAUUGUCUCUUCGCACGCCAGUAAUCAAGCCAAAGAAUCUAAAGAACUUGAGCUGGACAACAAGAUCUGUGACACUAAUGCUACUCCAUUAUCCUGUCGUAUGGUGACUGGCAAUGUGUACAAACAGUUUCUUCAAUCAAAUGACAAGUUAAAUGAGUCGACAUCUGGCAAUGGUGCAGCUCCAGCGGCCCUGACCCAACUUUUUUCCACCAGUACUGCUUCUGCUCAGGUGAUCAACAGGAGCAACUAUGCAGAGAACAGAAAUUUAUACAACUUGGCAACUGAUAAGGAGAAAAACGGGACAAGCUCCAAUUCCUCUCUGUGUAAACGUGAGAGAAACAGUGCCGAGAACAUAGAUGCUGAACUGCCAUCUGAAGGCAAGCCUGCUAACAAUUCUAGGUACAAAAGUGACCCACUCACAAGCUCGUGGAUCACUCGGUUGACUCCAAAAAGUUCUGGUCCCUUGUCAAACACGGAUCCUUGCAACAGAAGUGCUGGCGAAGCUCUUGACAGCUCCACUGAUAGCAUGAGGCUGAAUGCUCAAUGGCAGAACCAUCAUACUUCUUUCCAUCAUAAAAUUGUGAUGGCUAGGGAGGAGGAGCACUCCAAUGAGGACCCGGUAUACAUGCAAAAUUGUGCUACGAGUACUGAAGUUUCAUUUGGCAUAAAUGAGGUAAAUGGACAAGAUGAUGAGAAGUCCAUAUGUAAACUGAAUCCUAUCUUGCCUUUUUCAAGAUUCAGAAAUUCAGAGGCCAUGGCUUCUGUCUUUGCAAGGAGAUUGGAUGCCCUCAAGCACAUCAUGCCGUCGUAUGAUACGGAUGAUUCUGUUCAUGGAAACCUGGCAUGUUUCUUUUGUGGCAUAAAAGGUCACCAUGUGCGAGAUUGUCCAGAGAUACCAGAUAGUGAGCUUGAAGGUCUUCUAAGAAAUGUUAAUUUGUAUAACGGAGCAAAAGAAUUGCCUUGUGUGUGCAUAAGAUGUUUCCAGUCAAAUCAUUGGGCUUUUGCAUGUCCCAAUGCCUCUUCAAGCACAAGAUAUCAAGCAGAAUAUGGCGCCUCUUUUGUCCAUGAAUGCAGCCCCGGUAAAACUCUGCUUAAUCCAAGAAAUGAAGACGAUGCAAAGCAGUCAGAUGGCAAGUAUGGUCAAUUGCCAACUGCUCAUGCGCCUCCAGUUUGCAAUGAGAAAUUGAAUGAAGCUUUUUCCUCUGGGAAAAUGAAUUUGAAUAUGAAACUGUUUGGAAAAGACACUGGUUUCCCAACAGUUUCGAGCUCUGGGAAAAAGAAGUUGAAAGAAAAUCAGGCCAUGCCUUUGAGUAAUUUUGUUGAUAGCCAGAUAUCAGACGGACCCAAGGGAAUUUUUGAUGCAGUGAAAAUGCUUCGUUUAUCUCGAGCAGUUAUUCUCAAAUUGAUGGAUUCUCACACAGCACCCUCACGACUUGAUGGCUUUUUUCUGCGCUUGCGACUUGGGAAGUGGGAACAGGGACUAGGGGGAACUGGAUAUUAUGUAGCCUGCAUAACUGGGGUUGAGAGUGAGAGUUCAACACAGAAGUCCAAAAAUUCUAUUGCUGUCAAUGUAGGUGGGAUCAAAUAUUUGGUUGAGAGUCAAUGCAUCUCCAACCAAGAUUUCACUGAGGAUGAGCUAAUGGCAUGGUGGCGGGCAACAUUGAAGGGUGGUGGCAACAUACCUUCUGAAGAAGAUUUGAGAUUGAAAGCUAAAGAGAUGAAAAUGUUAGGAGUUUAGACAGAUACAAGUUCAGGUAUUGCUUGCAAGAAAUGCAAAAAGUGAGAACUGGGGCUGAAGUGAGCUGUGUUCCCUUUGCAGACAAUCACAGGUUGGUGGCACCAUCCCCUCCAUAUAUCUCUUCCUUUUCCUCAUCAUUGCUGUCUUUCACGGUGGGGGUUAAGAGAUUCGAAAUAUAUACUCUGUUUGCGAGCUAGGGUUUGUUUUAGAUGAAUUACAUUGUAAAUACUACUCUCCGUAUAGAAUGUUUCAGUCGUAGCUUAAAUUUUUGAACAAUAGUUUUAUCAUUAUGGAAGAUGUAGUGAUCUUCUUAGGAUGUAAAGCUUCUAAAAAAUCUUAUUUUUUUUUAAUGAAUUAAUUGUGUGUGUUUUUUUUU